AUGCAAUUUGUGGACACGCAACUUUCUGUCCCCAAAAAAUCUGACAACCUUCAUAUGGACUUUGCGACGACAGAAAGUUCUAGCUUACAACUUCCUCAUUCACCCCGAAUUAUUUUCAAAGAAAAUUCCAACAAAAGCUAUAUAUCGCUAUCAAGCACGGAUGCGUUCAGUUUGAAUACAUUUGAUGAAUUGGUAGAAGAGCAUUCACAACUCAGCAUUGACGGACAUCCCGAUCAAAGGCGAUGUUUGAUCAUUGCCCGCGUUAGAACAUGGGAUGUGUCGACUCAGCGUUAUUUUGAUUCGUACUACAAUGCAUGGCAUUUGAACAAAAUUUUGUUCAGAACAGAAGCAUCUUCGAAUCGCACAUUUAUUCAUCGCUUAUCAGUAUCUGAUCCAAUGACAAACGCGGAAAUUGUGAAAGUAGAAUAUUUCAAAACGGGUAACCCAUCACUAUCCGGGGAAGCACGAAGCUCACAUGCAUGUGCUAACAGAAAUGUUAUACUAGAACCCUUCGGCGUCAGUUCUGAAGUCACACCUACAAGCAUUCAUAUCUCAGAUCAAUCACUGUCUUCCAAAAGUGACAUAUGUUUUAUAUCCAGGCUUGAGCCUUCAUCCGUAGUCACAUACUACAUUGGUAAUGACGACGAUUAUAUGAAAUCGAAAGAUUUAAGGAAAUGCUUUCGUCAAAAUGCUAUCACAAUGGAAGAUGCCGAGCUGUUUACGUUGCAGCCUCAUGAUCCAGCUAGCUAUUUGGCUGGGAAUGAAUGGACCAGGCUUGCGGCAAGGAAUGCUAAUGGCCGAUUUCGAAUAUCGUGCUCCACUGUAGACACAUUGUUGCAAGCUGCCGGGGUCUUGUUUUGUUGCGCGCUUUAUUUUGUUCAAAUUGAAGAAGAAGAAGAGUAUGGGCUCGAGCAGCAGUCGCUUAUUGAUGGAUCAGAAGAACCGCAGGACCAAGCCGAGACCACCGCUCAUGAUUAUUGGCAGCCAAUCUUAGCUGUAAACGAUUUGACUUUAACUUUUUCCGCGUAA